CGUCCGACGAAACAUCGAGUUGAGCUUCUGUUCCUCGAAACCUUUAAAACUGUGUUAUAUUGUAUGAGAUGUUGACUCCAUUAUUUGUGCUGUUUUGUUAGAAAGUAACUCUUUUAGUUCAAUUAUGGCUGAAAAAGAAAACAGAAGGAAGUGCUUUAAAUGCGGAGCUUCACCUGCUGAAGAUGAUGUUAAAUUGUACCGAUUUUCUAAGCCCGGUACAAGGAAUUUGCUUCGGUGUGAAUUGUGGGCAAAGUACAUGUUUCCUGAGGGAGACUACAGCUCUAUACAAUUUCAAAGGAAAUUAUAUAAUGAGCACAGAGUUUUGUGUGAGAGACACUUUAAACCUGAGGACAUGUCAAAUGAUUCCAUGAAGAGAUUAGCACAUAAUGCUGUGCCUUGUGAUGUUGAGCAUGCUUUGGCUCCAUCUUAUUCUAAUGAACCAUCAAGACCAACUGAACGCAUUCCCCUUUCAAAUAUUGAUGUGAACAUGGAACCCGGUACCUCAGGUACUUGCCAGAGUCAACUGCCAAAAAAAGGGAAAAUGACUGAACAAGAGGCAAUUUUAUACAAAAAAUGUACCAAGUUCAUGAGCAGAAUUUGCACAUUGCAAAAUACAAUAAAAAGAUUAAAAGCCAAUUCUGUAUUAAAAGUUCUUGCAGAAGAUAAGGCUGUGGAGAAAUUAUCCAAGAAUAUAACGCCUGCAUUUUCACUGCUCCUGCAGGGGCAAAUAAGAAAUUCAAAAAGAAAAUUAACAGGAAAGAGGUGGUCCAAAGAGGAAAAAAUUAUAGCCUUAAGAAUUUACAAAAGAUCACCAACCUGUUACCGCUUACUGCGAAGGCUAUUUUGUUUACCAUCGGCAAGUACUUUAAAGAAUCGGCUUAACAAAGUUUUAAUGGAUGUUGGAUGCAAUACGUCAGUGCUUGAAGUCUUAAAGAAAUUUGUAAAAACCCAACAUCCCCAAGACAAUGAGUAUGUUUUGAUGUUUGUCGAAAUGUCAUUAAAAAAGCACCUGCAAUAUAAUCAGAAGGAUGACAUGAUAGAAGGUUUCCAAGAUCAUGGGACACAAGGAAGAUCAGAACAAUUAGCUGGAUAUGCUUUGGUUUUCAUGAUCAGUGGGAUCCGGAAACGAGUGAAGCAGCCGGUAGCACAUUACUUUUCAAGUGGAUUCAGUACAGCAGAUAGACUUGCUGUUCUCAUCAAGGAGGUUCUGCAUCAAUGCUUUGAAGCAGGAAUAAAUAUAGCUGCAACUGUUUGCGAUAUGGAUGGAGUAAAUAGGAGGGCCCUAUAUACAGGGUUACAGGUAAAGUCGAUGUAG